AACGACUUAUAAUCUAUGUAAUGGGUUAGAAGAUAACAAAAUAUAUUGAAAGUAAAAUAUGGAAAGAUCAGUAAUUUUCAUUUGCUAAUUUACAAAUUCUAUUUAAUCGUUAAAUUGUAGCCUUGUUUACUUUUUGUCAACCAGUAACCUACCGGAAGUAAAUUUUUGAUUGUCAUGCGCAACGCUCUUUGUUUCUAUUCCAACUUGCACAUGGCGUCCGGUUGAAGGUUACAAACUGGACGUGAUCUGUUUGUUUCUUUCCUUCUGGUUAUUUUGAAAUUACUUCGCCCUGAGUAAAAAAGAGUGCAAGGGCUUCUAAAAUGGGAAACGUGAGUGCAGCAGAAUCUGCGAAAGCGUCAGCAGGGACUCCGGCGCCCCCGCUUAUACCACCUCCCCCACCAACCGAAAUACCAAAAUCAAAACCGAAGGAAACCCAAGGGACGGCUUCUGGUGCAGAAGGGGACAGAAAUCCAGGUUUAUAUGAAGAUCUGCAUAAGCAAACCAAAGAGCUUUUUCCACAAGUGUUUGAAGGUGCUAAAGUUAUUGUUGCAAAGGGACUGAGCAGCCACUUCCAGAUCAGUCAUACUCUCACACUGAGCACAUUCUCCCCAUCUGGCUACAGAUUUGGUGCAACCUACAUUGGUACAAAACAGAUUUCUCCAACAGAGGCUUUCCCGGUGCUACUUGGAGACGUCGACUCAAAUGGAAACCUCAAUGCAAAUAUCAUCCAUGCGCUGACUGAUCGGCUACGGGGAAAGUUGGUGGCUCAGUUUCAAGGAAACAAGUGUGUUGGUCAACAGAUUUCCUUUGAUUACAAGGGAGAUGAUUUCACUUCUUCUCUCACCACAGGAAACCUGGAUCCUAUUAAUAUGUCUGGUCUGGUGGUGGCCCACUACCUUCAGAGGAUCACGCCCCGCCUGGCCCUGGGUGCUGAGCUUAUGUAUCAGAGGGGCAUGCAGGUGCCUGGGGGAGAGAUUGCCAUCAUGUCUAUGGCAGGAAAGUGGUCUGGUGAUAAAUGGCAGCUGACUACAAACUUGAGCCCGAUGGCUGGUAACCUCCACACCUGUUUCUACCAGCGAGUGCACGAGUACCUCCAGGUGGGAGUGGAGCUGGAGACGAGCCUACGCAUGUCCGAGAGCGUCGGCACAGUGGCCUACCAGAUUGACAUUCCUAAGGCAGACGUCACCUUCAAGGGUCAGGUGGACAGCAACUGGUGUAUAGGCGGUGUCAUGGAGAAGAAGCUGGCCCCGUUCCCCUUCACCCUCGCUCUCAGUGGAUACGCCAACCAUGUCAAAGGACAAUAUCGCUUUGGAAUUGGAAUGAUCAUUGGAUGAGGAACUUGAUGAUUAGGACAAUAUAUUUAAAAGAGUGUAAAAAUUUUAUAGUUCAAGCUUUACAAUGGUUUUUUUUUUUUUUUUUUUGGUUUUUUGAUUUAUUGAAGAGUUUAAAAAGGUAGAGUCAAAAUAUUGCAUUGGAAGCAAACUUUUUUGUUGCAUCAACAUCAAUAUAUGAGAAAAUUUUGUUUGCCUUAUUGGGGGGGGGGUUAAUGAGUAUGCAUUUAGUAUUGAUAUCAACUUGAAAAUGAAUAGGCCCAUUUACACGACAGAACAUCGCAAAUGUCAUGAAAAUCCAUACAUUUUCUUCCUGCACUACAACUACAAUGCUGUCCUUUGACAGCGUGCAUUAGUCUUGUCUUCAAAACCACGCAGUUUUAGGUAAGAAACAAACCAGCGACAUGAAUAUUCUUAUUUUACCAGCCCUGUCAGUCUCACAAUUAAAUGAAUCCAUGUGAUGGUCCACGUAAUUUAUCAUAACGAGAUAGUGAAUUUGGAAUAGAUGUUACUCUAUAAGGAGGGGGAAAGGAAUUCUUUUGUUUCCCUUAAUCAUGAGUGCAUAUUGAUCAUGGGUACAGCUUUUUUUUUUUAAGGUCAUGGUGUGAGUAAAAUCCAUGUAAGACGUUUGGAAUAUAUUUGUUUGGGGGGGGGGGGGGUAAUGUUCACGGCCAGUAGGGUGGUAACCAGCAAUGCCCUGUUCUGUUUAUGCAGCAUAAUUUCUUGGAAGGAGCAGCGUGUGUGCCUGGCGUACCUCUUGCUGCCGUGGUACAAUAGUUGUUUGGCUGCUACACAUCUGGCUGUUUCCUGUCGCAGAAUGACCGAGGGAGGAGCCUGCUAGCUCACCCUGAGUAGUGCAUACGUUAUGAUGAGUGCCUAUCUAGAUGAAUGUUUGUGGACAAAAUGCUAACUUAUAGUUGAGCUAACGUGGCUGAGAAAGUUACUGGUUUCAUUCUCAUCUGAUGUACAGACUAUGUAAAGAAGUGAUAUUUCUUACUGCAUGCAGUGUUCAUCCAAAUGUCAGCCAUAUUAUGUAUUUCCAUUUGCAUGUCGCAGUAUGUUUCUGGUAGGAGGAGCACAGGGAUCAAUGCUUGGUUGUCUAGAAGUGUGCAUAUCGUCCCAGUGAAACGUUUGCAUGGAACUUUGGACAGUGCCUGUAUGAUAGUGACUCUUGUAUUGUAUAUAGAUUAAGCAGAGCUGUAUGUUUUCAAGAUUGUCUGAACUGAGCCCAAUAUGAGGAGAUGUCAUGUAGGCCAUGCAAGGCAUUUUUGAAUUUGUUUUUCCCAAAACUAUGCUGUGCUACCGAAAUACGAGUCAUGAAAUACACUUUUUGAGAGUUGCUACAUAGAUUCCCUGUGUGACCGGGCUGUCACUGAAGCAUUCUUUGUUGGAGGCAGUUGAAGUACAGCAUGUGUGGGUUUAAAAAAUCCAUCGAUUAAGAAGUUGCCAUGAUGUCACGGAAGUUUACAUAAAAUUGCCAGUCCAAAAAAUGUGUUGUGUUUCAUGAAGCGCUGGCAGAAUUGUUUCUCUGUUAUAUUCUAAAGCAUAAGAAUGGCUCUACUGGUUUUGAUGAGGACUGUUCUUUUGGUGUGAAAGUUGUGACAACAAAAUAUGUGAUAUGAAGGCUGUUUAUCUUGUCAAAUAGGAAGAGCAAAUAUGGGGGUUAGUUCCUUUUUCUCGCCUGAUGAAGGGUAACACUGAUACAGAGCAAAAUUGAAAAAUGUAGGAGAUAAAAAAAAUGUUGGCCACCUAAUUGCGACUCAGCGCACAGGUCAUUCGCUGGCCCUGCCCUUGUGUUGCUGUUUCUCCCUGUUGUUUACCCUCCUGGAUGAUGAAAGCUUGGCCUCCUCACUGAUAGCAAGUCUCGGGGGAGGGGGUUAUGUUAAGAAUUUUUUGUUUGUUUCUUCUUUUUUUCUUUUUUUUUUUGGUGUAUUCUGGGCUUUGGCUCUUUGUUGUGGGCAUGUGUGUACAGGUUUCAGAAUGGACACUGUGCUAAGAGUUUGUGAGUUUGAUGAGGGGGAAAAUGGUGUUCAAGAUGUGUGAGUUUUUGUGCAAGUGUUGUUGUUUAUCUGUGUGAUUUGGUGAAGUGCAAGUCGUAUCUAUCUGUGUAAAAAUCCGAGGCAUCAGGUUUAUGUGAAAAGCGUGGGGGAGUCUGGUGAUUGUGAUCAGAACUC